AUGGCGAUGGGCCGCGCGCCCCGCAGCCGCCGCACGAGUCCAAGCUCCGGAGCCGCGCCUCCGGGUGCCCUCAGCACCGGCCCUGGGCUCCCGCGCCACCGCCCGCCCGAGUGGCGAGCGCCACCCGGACGCCGCGCCCACCGCCAGCGCCCCGCCCACGACCGUGAUUCCGCGCGGCGCUCGGGGCAGGUCUGCCGGCCGCUGCGGCUGGAGCUCGGGUGCAGGGCCCGCCCCAGGGUGGCCGCCGCUCUGCUGGGUGCCAGUGGCGUGGGGCGCAGACUCGGGAAGAUGGACUCUUUCCUCUGGGAUGACUUUGGGCCCAGGAUACAGAACAGGGCCAUGGAGCAGAUCAUCACACCCAUGGCCGUCCGACUUUGUCAGCUGCUCAUCUCAGUGGAGAGGAAAGAGGUACAGAGAGAAGCACUUGCCUCCUUGCAGAAGGUGGCAGAGGAAUUGGCCAAUGCAAGCGAAGCAUUUGUGCAUGCUGCCAGCAGGCUGGCGGGAGACUCUGAGGAUGAGUGGUUUAGGGAGGAAAUGAAGCCAGUGGCGGAGUCUCUGAUCCUCUCCGGGAGGAACAUCCUGCUGGUAACCCAGAAGCUCCCCGUGCGGCCAGAGUGUCAGCGCCACUGGGAGGAGCUAGUGGCCACAGCUCAGCAGAUCCUGGUGGACACUACCAAGGUCUUGCUGCUUGAAGACGCAGCAAUGGCGAGGAAGACGGUGCCAGCGGCUGGUUGGUGCCUGACCUGCCUGGUGGCUCUGGAGGCGGCGGAGGACUCCACCUCGCUGCGCGCCUCGCUGUCUGACCUGGCGACUGCGCUGCUGCGACUGGGCGGCCUGACCACGCGCUGGGCCCGGGACGAACGCCUGGGUCGAGUUCGCCACCGGCUAGGGUGCUGCAUCCCAGCGCUGCUGGCAGCCGCCCGCGGCCACCUCCGGCACCCGCGCGAGCCGCAGCUGGUGGCUUCACGGCGCCGCAUCUUUGCCCUGACCAGGCAGAGCCUCAGGGAGCUCCUGGCUGUACUGCAGCCCGGCAUUGCAGGGCCUGGUGCGCGCUCUCAGAAUGGCGCACUGGCGCAUCGUCUGCAGAAGCUGUGGCAGGUCCUGGAGGAGCCCGGGCCGAACCACCUGCGUGGUGAGCUGCUGGAUGCGCCAAUGGUCGCCGUGGUGUGGCACUGCCUGCACCUAGCCGCCUGCUCCCCGCCAAGGGAGAGGAUGCACCUAGUGUCCCAUUGCCGCCAGCUGCUACAGCUCUGCGCUGGGCUGCACGGGUCUCCCCAGAACAGCCAAGGGACAGAAUGCGAAGCUGUGCAGGCCGCGACUGAGGCGCUCUUUCGGGGAGUCCGCGCUGGAUUACUGCACCAGAUUCUGGACACGUUCACAGAUACCCAAAGCCCUCUAGAGAGGCUGGUCCAGGCCGCCUUGGCGACUUCCACCAUCAGGUACCAGUGCAAUAGUGAAGCUUUGGCAGAGACUUUCCGACUUCUCCUUGAUGCUUUUCACAACCAAGCCAAGCAAAUGAUCCGAGUGGCACACUUGGUUUGGGUCUGCUGCCCCCAACAGCAAACUGGCAGAGACCUGGAGGCUGCCGUGGCAGGUCUUUGGGGGCUUGUGGUCAAAGCUAUGGAACUGUUUUCACAAAGUCCCCAAACGCAAGGCCUGGACUGGAGCCCUGACACCCUAGAGGCUCUGCUUGAGGCCUGGGCUAGGGAAUCGGAACACCUCUUGGCAUGCUUUGAUGUCGUUCUCGAUAUUCCUGAAUUCCUGAGUUUGUCCAUCCAGGAAAUGGCUAAACAUUUGGACUUGUACACAAGGGCUCUGAGGAGCGGAGCACCCAGAGAAUUGUCCGCGUUCUUACGCGGACGAGCCACACACAUAGUGCAGGUGAUGAACAGGUAUGUGGGUCAAGACCCAGAUCCCAUUUUUCGAAACGGGAUGAGAGUCGUGGUUCAGCAGCUGGCGCAGUCUUCCUUGACGCUGGCUGCGGCCACUGACAGCAGCACAGGUGGGGACAGCGCCCAGGACACGGGUGUCUUUUUAACCAUGGCAAAACACCUCAUCUAUUCAGCUCAGCAAGUCCACGAGGGGCUGGAUGGGACCAACCACCCAGACAUCCUCAGCCCGCUUCGAUUCCAAGUCCAAAGGUUUGACCUUGCCAAGGGAUGGCCUUAUUUGACUCUCCCCAGCCGCCAGCUUCCUACAGAUCCCGCGCUGAAAUACCAGCAGGUGCCUGGGUUAGGGGGAGAUGACACGAACACCUCUUUCCUACCACUAGAACAACUUUCCUACACGGUGGUCCCUGACACCUGCCAACAGGGGCGGGGCUCGCCAUUCCUUGCAGUCAGCGAAGUCAUCACUACUGUGGAGAGCCAGGAGCACCGGGUAGUGACCUCACCACGCACCAACAGGCCAGAGCCGGAGUCCACUGUGAAUACAGCCCCAGAAAUCCAGGCUGGGGAAGCACCCCUGGGACCAGAGAGGAUGUCAAGACUAUACAAAUUCUCAAGAGUGGUACCUUCGAUUACUGACCUAGCUGGGGAGGAAGUCCAUAGCACAAACACUAGAAGUGACAGACUUCUGGAAGUGACUUUUCAGCAAUCUGGGAGAACCAGGGAACCCAAGCAGGCUUUGGUAGCCAGGGCUGGUGACUGGUACCCUCUGUGUCGACAACUCCUCUGCUGUAGCCCAGCCACUGAAUUACCGGGGAGCACGGAAGUGUUUGUGGAACUUCAGCAGAAUUUGGCCUCAAUGGUUCAAGUAGCAGCCAAAAGUGGUCCUGUGAAUUUGGACGAGAAGAGCCCUGGCUCAGUGGAGCACCCGGGAAUGAUUUUAGAGCUGCAAGGUAGAUUGGAAAAAACAGAGGUCCAUGCUAAACAGCUAUUGGACCAAGUUCUGUCCUCUGAUGGUCGCCGAGCCCCCAAGGUGAGGGAUGAGAACGUUGACAAUGAGUGCCUUCUAUGGGCAGUGGCUGUGCAGGACCUGAUGCAGCGUAUGAGGAGGCUCAGCAGGAGACAGGGCCUGUUCCUACUGCCCCUGCAGCAAGCAGUGAAGAGCCAGCAAGGGUUGCAAGAAGGGUCAGAGCAGGCAGCGCAUGUUUCCCAAAGGUUACAAGAGGCCGCUGAGCUGUCUUGUGUUCUGUGUGGUGAUGAACAGGUAAAGGAUGAGGUCUCCUUCCUGUGUCGAGAAGUUCGUGUACUCACAGAUGCCUUGCUGGAGGUGGCACACGUCUUGGUCUCCUCCCCCAAGCCAUGUCCCAGCCUCUCCACACGCUUUGAGUUUCUCUGCUUGGAGCUCAGCCUUCGAGUCAAGGCCCUGACCAACCAUCUGAGCAGCAUCAACGCUGUCUAUGAGCAUAUGUUCCAAGAUGCUGUUGGCAAGAGCUCCCAGACAAAGAUGCUGUCUAUUAUCCAAGCUGUGCAGGGAAUCAUAGCAGGAAGUCAAGAGUCUGGACCCUUCCAGGAAGACCUUCUUGUGUCUCUAGAGUACAUUCUCAUGCUCACUAAGGAGGUGGCCGAGAGGGUCCCUGAGCUCCAAGAACACCCGGAGGAGCAGGGGUUGCAUAUGCUGGAUUGGCUUAAGUGGGAAUGGGCAGCCAAGGUCCACCAUGCAGUGACUCAGCUCCAGGCCUUGGAAGGUGGUCCCACUGAGGCCUGGAGACUCCUAGUCCAAUGCCUGAACCCCGGGGAAGAGCCAGCAAAUGCCCCAGAAGAGGUUCUGGUCCAGCUCCAGCUGCAGUGUAAAGAAUGUGCAAUAGAAACCUCUGCAGGGGGCAGUGUGGAGUUUCAGGAUGCUGUUUCCAAAGGCAUCACAGAAAUAUCAAUGGGGACCUGUGCUGAUGAGCUAGCCACCUCCGGAACCACCACAGCAGAGCACCAGCGUGGCAACCCCUCUCUGCCUCCUGCUCAGAUGGACCAGACUGUUGAAGAGAAUGGCGGUGCAGACAGCGAGAACAGAAUCACCCAGAUCACACACGAGAUGGCCAAGGAGGUGCUCCUGAUGGCUCAGAGCUUGAGGAAGAGAGGGCGAGUCCUGACCAAAGAUCAGCUCAUUGCCUCAGCCAGAAAAAUCUCAGCUUCCGGAAGAAACAUCGCCAGACUCAUUCACAUCAUUGCUAAGAACUGCAUAGAUCAGAGAUGCUCCGGCGAGCUUCUGUGUAUGGUGGAGCAGAUUCAAACCAUGAGCAGCCAGCUCAGCAUCAUCUCCAGCGUAAAGGCUUCCCUGGCAAGAAGCAAGUCCUCUGAAGAGCUCCUUCUAGACAACGCACAGAGACUCCUCCAGGCAGUCUCCAAGGCUGUGAGGGCUGCAGAAGCCGCCUGUCUUCGGGGUUUGAGAUGGCCUUCCUCAGAUCCAGAGGAGCUGGAGGUGGCUGCCUUCUGCACACAGUGGAAGACGAAACUACUACAACACCGACUUCAAGAAGCCUCAGACAAAGACUGUGAUGGGCUGGGCUUACGAAAAACAAGCACGAGGAACCUCCCAGCAUUGGUGGCCCUGGUUCAAGACGCAUUAUAAAAGCUGAGGCAUAUUCUCCAAAUCAGCCUGUGUUGACCACAGCCUGUGUUGACCACUGUGGUAACUUAGCACGCCUUUUGGGCAGAAUCUGAAACAUAGGUAGAGGUGGCCAGGGCUUGUGCUUUACAGAGCUUCCCUGACAGCAUUCCUGGUCAAGAACAUGGGGCACUGAUGGAAACUUAACGGGGAAUGCUCCGGUCUAUAUGUGAUACAAACAGCGGGAUUUUAAAAAGAGCAGCAGACAAAACGAAUGUGAACGUACUUGGAGAGACUCAUGCCUUUUUGUUUCUUGUUUGUCCUAUCCAUUCUUUCACUCUGUUCUGCUCAUUCUGCUUUUUAAACCACUUUAUUAAUUCAUAUAUCAUAGUAUUCAUACAUCUAAAUUAUAUCUUCAGUGGUUUUUAAUGCUCACAGAUUUAUCAACACAGUUUAGAUAAUCCCUUUAGUAGUCUUUUCUUUUGCCCUAGCCUAGUAGCUGUUAAUUACUUUCUGUAUUUAUUUUAAUUAAUGUUUUAAGUUUCACUUUACAUUCCAUCCCCCACCCACUCCUCCUCAGGGGUAAGGGCUCCCAUGGGAAGUCAACAAAGUCUGCCUGGUGCUUGGUGUGGAUCUCUGCAUCUGGUUCCAUCAGUUGCUGGACAAAAGCUCAAUGAUGACAGUUGGGGUAUUCACCAGUCUUGAUUACAGGGGAAGGCCAGUUCAGGACCCCUCUCCACAAUUGCUAGGAGUUUUAGCUGGGGUCGUCCUGUGUGUUCCUGGGAGUUUCCCUAGCACCAGGUUUCUUCCUAACCCAUAUGUCUCUAUCAAGAUCUCUCUUUCAUUGCUCUCCAACUUCAUCCCUCUCUCUCCUCAACUUUUUUUUUUUUUUAAGAUUUUCCUAGACUGGACACUUUCUAUAAAUAGGAUAAUACAAGCGGUUCUUCGUGACUGGCUUACAUUGCUUAGCAUAGAUUUUGAAAGUCCAUUUAUAUUGGUACUUCAUUUCUUCCUGCCCUUUCCAUUGUAUGGGCGUACCACACCUUACUUACCUGCUCACCAACGGCUGGACAUUUGGGUUCUUUCCACUUUUAACUAUUCUGAGUAAAACUUGCAUUGAGCUUAUUGGAAUGGUGUUGUGGGUAAUACUUCUGCAUCACUCUCUUCUUUUGUCAAAUAUAUAAUUAUGUCACAUCUCUCAGUUUCUAUACAGUUCAUCUGUGCACUGGUCCC